GAUUGGGAGAGGUCUCUGCAGCCGGGGGCGGGGCGAACUCCGCAGCCUAGUGAGCCACCUGAGUCCUGUCUUAGUUGGAGUUGGCCUGCAGCGCUCGGUUGCCGCAGCUCUGGUAGCACUGGCGGAGCCUGCGCGAUGGGCGACUCGGAAAGGCCGGAAGUGGCCAGGCCGGAGCAGAAUGAGCGGUUAUCUUCAGAUACCAACGAAAAUGAAGCGAAGUCAAAUGAAGAGCCACUCCUAAGAAAGAGUUCUCGCCGAUUUGUCAUCUUUCCAAUCCAGUACCCUGAUAUUUGGAAAAUGUAUAAACAGGCACAGGCAUCCUUCUGGACAGCAGAAGAGGUUGAUUUGUCAAAGGAUCUCCCUCACUGGAACAAGCUUAAAGCAGAGGAGAAGUAUUUUAUCUCUCACAUCUUAGCCUUUUUUGCAGCCAGUGAUGGAAUUGUGAAUGAAAAUUUGGUGGAGCGAUUUAGUCAAGAGGUGCAGGUUCCAGAGGCUCGCUGUUUCUAUGGCUUUCAAAUUCUUAUCGAGAAUGUCCACUCAGAGAUGUACAGCUUGCUAAUAGAUACAUACAUCAGAGAUCCCGAACAAAGGGAAUUUUUAUUUAAUGCAAUUGAAACAAUGCCAUUUGUUAAGAAAAAAGCAGAUUGGGCCUUGCGAUGGAUAGCAGAUAGAAAAUCUACUUUUGGGGAAAGAGUGGUGGCCUUUGCUGCUGUAGAAGGAAUUUUCUUCUCGGGAUCUUUUGCUGCUAUAUUCUGGUUAAAGAAAAGAGGUCUUAUGCCUGGGCUCACUUUUUCCAAUGAACUCAUCAGCAGAGAUGAAGGGCUUCAUUGUGACUUUGCUUGUCUGAUGUUUCGAUACUUAGUAAAUAAGCCUUCAGAAGAAAGGGUCAGGGAGAUCAUUGUCAAUGCUGUUGAAAUUGAGCAGGAGUUUUUAACAGAAGCCUUGCCAGUUGGACUUAUUGGAAUGAAUUGUGUUUUGAUGAAACAGUAUAUUGAAUUUGUAGCUGACAGAUUACUUGCGGAACUUGGAUUCUCAAAGAUUUUUCAGGCAGAAAAUCCCUUUGAUUUUAUGGAAAACAUUUCUUUAGAAGGGAAAACAAAUUUCUUUGAGAAACGAGUUUCAGAGUAUCAGCGUUUUGCAGUAAUGGCAGAAACCACAGAUAAUGUGUUCACCUUGGAUGCAGAUUUUUAAAACCCUCCCCCUAUCUAAACUUACCAUUGGUACAUAGCAGUCUGUGCUUUAAAAAAAACAAAAACAAACAAAAAAACAACAAAAAAACAAAAUAUCUCCUUUGCUCAAGAGGAAAUCCAAAAUCAAAUAUAAAUCAAGUUGGAUUUAUAUGAAUAUACUCAAACUUUUCUUUUUAACAACCAGAGUGUGACUUAAAUGCUUUUGUUUUGUUACUAAAAUAUAAGAUAGCAUUAUGUGGUGAUAAGAGCAUGAGGUAAGGGGUCAGAUAUGAGUUUGAGAUUCUGUCCUUAUUAUUUUGUGUGACCUGUGGCAAGUCAGUUAUUCUCUCUCAACCUCAGUGUACUUAUCUUUAACAUGAGUAAUAGUAGGUCCUAAAUUCAUAGAGUGGAAAUAAGGAUUAAGGUACAAAAUAAAUACUUAGCCAAUAUUACUACCACCACUACCACUACCACCAUUACUAAUCAUCAUUAUUAUUAAUAGUGUGGAUUGCAGUGAUAUUGUGAUAAAGUGCUCCCAUUUCUUCAAAGUAAUUGUGUCUUAAGAUCUAGUUAGAUCUUUGUCUUUUUAACAUUUGACGAAUGAUAUAAAGAUUUCCUUAAAAAGAUUAUAAUUCUCAUUACCUUGAGAAUAACUUCUUUGGAUUCCUCAGUAUUGUAAGAAAGGAAAUUUAGUUCUUAGUUGCUUUGGGUAGGGUACUUACGGAGUGGCAUCCACACAGUUACUAUGGUAGUGGGCUUUGUGAGCAAAAUGGUUCUGCUCCUUCAGAAAUUAAGAGUAGCUUUUACCAGACAGAGCCCUUAACGUGUAAAACCAGGGUGAAUUAGCUACAGUAGCAUUUCCCAAGGAGUAGUCUAAGAGCUAUUAGCCCCUCUAGAUAUUUUGUGGGAAAAAGAGGGAUUCUGUGCUCAAAUGAGUUUGAGAAAUGCUGUCCACUCCAUUGCUUUUUACAGGGUACAGUCAGUACAUCACAGACUGAGAAAUUCUGCAGUAUGUAAACUUAUUUUCCCCCACAUAUUCCAAACUUACUUACCACAGAUCUCUUUUUCAUUUAACAUCUCACCUAAGUAGUGUCCUUCAGAACAUAGUUUGGAAAAGCUGGCCUAGAACCAUUUUAUGCAUAGAAGUAGAGCUUGUGAACUAAGCCAGGGAGAACCUGGUGGAGUUGAUGGAAGCAUUUCACCUUUGUGCCAAGCUCAGAAAUGUACCUGCGAUUGACCUCAGCUGUGUUUCUUUAAUACUCUUAAAACUUUUAUGCUGUUAUGAAGUAUGGUUAUUUUAAUGGAACUAUGCAUGCUGUACGAUAGCAGGUGGUGAGGGAGACGGAGGUCUCUCUCUGCAGAAGAGACUGAGGAAAGGCGAGAAGCCAAGGUCUGUUCCCUCUUUAUCAUUAGGAAGUGUCAAGAGGUAGCUUGAGCCCCAGCAAGCAGUGGGCUGCCCCACUCACAGCAUACUACUUUAUAAAAUUCUGGAAGCUAAAAUUUAAAGAUGUUCUCUUUGCAUAAAUUUUUGCUCCAUUUAUGCCACAAUUAUCUAAUUAAAACUGGAGUUCUCAAGUGGAUGCAAAAGGAGCUGACCAUAACCUUAUUUGUUAGAAUAUCAGAAACUUGAGAUAUUUGGCCUAUGAUAAUACCAUUUAUUCGUUCAAUGCUUUGUAGUUUGCCAAGUGUUUUUACAUCACCUCAUUUGAUCUCGUAACAGCCUUAUGAGUUUGACAUAGCAGCUAGUUUUGAAAUUUUCCUGGUGGAAAAAAUGAGGCUCAGAGAAGUUAAGGAUCUGCUUACAGUCACUGUCCCUAUAAGGUAAUUUUUUUUUCUUAUAUGUUAUCAUAUUUCUUAUAUGUAAUCCUUUGUCAUCCAUCUUGAUUUGAUUUUGCCUAUUGCCCCAUUAAAGUAGCACAUACUUUAAGAUAUCAUAUACAUUAAUUAGAGUAUCAAAGUAUCAUAAACAUUUUAACUAUAUUCAGGUAAUAUGUUCAAAGACAUUUACUGCCAUACAAAAACUUAACAUUUAAAAUUGAUAAUACCUAUAAUGACAUCAAAAUGAAAGAAAAACAGUCC